CCGCCCCCCGCGCAGCGCCGCCUGGCGGCAGCGCCGCGAAAAUGAAUACGUCGUCUAUGUACACCGAUGCCACUUCGUACUUAUAAUUUCGCUGGACGUAAAUUUCAUAUGAAACGGUUCAAUGGACUUUUCGAAAACAAAUUAAACGUGUUCUGUAACGUGAAAAGUCUCGUGCUAAAUAAGAAAAUUGAGGGAAGUUGUGUUGCGCAAUUCGUUCCGUAAAGUAUUUGUGUUAUCGGAGUGCGUAUUCGUAUUCGUGUCCGCGCGAGUGAAACCGUAUUGAGUCCCGUUGGAGUGUUUUAGCGGAUUUAGCAUUAAAGGUUAUCGGUGGCAGUGUGGUGUGUCGGUGCAGUGUGUGAGUGUCUAGUGGCGCGACAUGGCGAUAAGCUAGCGGGGCGCCCCGGCGGCAUGCGCGCCCGCUAGCCAUGCCGGCUGCGGUCCCAUGGCGCAGUACACUCAGAGGACACAGCCCAUGCACAGGCCCGGGCAGACGGAGCACGGGCACGGGGCGCUGGCGUACGGCGGCAAGCAGGCGGGCGUGGCGCCCGCGCGGCCCGCGGCGCCCUACGCGCCCAACUACCCCUCCACGCUGCGCCUGCACCAGCCCUAUGGAUCCGCUGCGCUGUCAUACAGGGACAGCUAUGCGCGCGGCAGCGGCGGUGGUGCGGUGGGCGAGUACCGCGCGGGCGCGCGCAUGUCGCUGCUGGGCUCCGCGUACCUGGCGCCGCCCGCGCCGCCCGCGCACCACCCGCCGCCCGCCGACCCGCCGCCCUUCAAGAAGAUCCGCCUCGCCGCCGCCAAGCCGCACCAGCAGCUCCGCGUCGACACCAGGGAGCCGGUUAUGAACUCGUACAACAACACGGUGGAGGUGUUGUCGCCCAACCCGCCCUCGGAGCCCACGGUGGAGGACCAGAGCUUUCGCACCACUAAAGAUGAUCUUCUACAGCAAAUAUCUAAGGUGGAUCGAGAGAUGGCGCUGUCGGAAACGACGCUCCAGAAGCUAAAGAAGAAGCAGGAAGAGCUGGAACAGUCUGCGUCGAAACCCGCGCUGACUGAGGAGCCUGAGGAGGCGCCGCCGCGACAUCGGAGUUUAGCGCAGUGCAUCUACGCGGACAACAGGAAGAAGGCGACGGCAGCGCACGCGAUGCUGUCGCACUUGGGGCCGCCGGUGCUGUACCCGCUGUACAACCAGCCGCAAGACACGCUGGUGUACCACGAGAACAUCAGGAAGCACCGCGCCUUCCGGAAACGACUCGCGGACCAUCUGAGGAGGGUGCGCCAAGAGACUGAAAAGAGGGAAGAUGCACUAACAGAAGAAUACAGCAGGCGAGCGUCUGAAUGGCUGAGACGAGUGGAAAGGAUAGAGCAAGGGCAGAAGAGGAAAACGAAAGACGCCAGAAAUAGAGAGUUCUUCGAGAAGGUGUUCCCCGAGCUGCGGAAGGCGCGAGAGGAGCGCGAGCGGUUCAACCGGCUCGGCGCGCGCGUCAAGUCGGAGGCGGAGCUGGAGGAGAUCGCGGACGGGCUGCACGAGCAGGAGCACGAGGACAAGAAGAUGCGCUCCCUCACCGUCGUGCCGCCGCUGCUGCGCGACCCCCGGCAUCCGCGCGCGCUCGACACCAACCAGCGGUGCAUGGACAUGGAGACGGAGCACAAGGAGCUGCUGCUGCGGAACGUGUGGUCGCGGGCGGAGCGCGAGCUUUUUCGCGAGAAAUACCUUCAGCACCCCAAGAACUUCGGCCAGAUCGCGUCCUUUCUACCCCGGAAGAGCGUGAGGGACUGUGUCAGGUUCUACUACCUGUCCAAGAAGGCGGAGAACUACAAGCAACUGCUGAGGAAGCCGCGGCCGCGGAGGCAUGCGCGCCCGCGCCCCGCGCCCGAGCCCGAGCUGCCCGCUGGAGUCACCACGAGGCUGCAGCGGAUACAGGGCACGGCGCGCGUGGCGGAUAAGGACUCAAACAUGGAGGAGAUGCCGCCACAGCAGGAGUCUACUCCUGUCGACCUCAUCCCCGUGCCGCCCGCCGCGCCCGCGCAUCCUGCGAGGUCAGAACUGAGUCGAACACCUCCCUUACCCCCUUCACCACCGCCCGCGUCUUCGGCACCACCAGCCCCAGUCGCGAGCGCAGCGAGCGGCAGCCCGGGCGCGAUAAGCGGUUCCAGCGGACCCACUGGCUUGAGCAGUUCGAGCGGGCCAGCGGGCCUGAGCAGUUCGAGUGGACCUACAAGUCUGAGCAGUUCAAGUUUGACAGGCUUGAGUGGUUCAAACGGACCAGAUGGACUCAGCAAUACAAGUGGACUUAUACCAAGUGGAAGUACUUCUAGUGCAAGUUUAAAUGUGUCCAGUGCGUUGACGAGUACUAGCAGUGCUGUGAAUAGUUGUAAUGUGAGUGUUGUGACGAGCGCGUCGGGCACGGUCGGCAGCCCGGCCGUGUCGGCGCCCACGCCGCCGGCCUGCGAGGUGGCGGCGGUGCCGCUGCCGGAGUCGCCGCCGGCCACGGUCGCGGCCACCACUGCCACGGUUAUUACUACGACAUCAGUACCAAGUGGCGGUGCGGUGUCGACGUGUCUGUCGGGCAGCGCGCCGCCCACGCCGCAGCCUGCCCAUCCGCCCACGCCCACACAUCCGCCACCCACGCCUGAGCCCGCGAUGACGGAAAGAACGAGCACGCCGUCCUCAAUCAUCCCGCCAUCGAGUACGACCACUACCACGGUUACCACCGGCAGCAGCACCUGCGCGGUUUGCUCGGCGAGCGGCGCGAACCGAGCCGUGGCACCUUCGAGAGCGGCGCAAUACGGCCUCGACCCUUCCGUGGUAGGGGCCAGGGUGUGUGAGGCGUGCCACUGCAGAUUCGUGCGGGCGAGACGGAGUAGAUGCGCCGUCCCGUCGUGCGCUGGCCCCAGGGCGAAACGGUUGAGGCAUCUACCGCCAAGGUGGCACGACCUGCCACAAGAACUGAAGAGGCCACUAAUGGAUGAGUUUCAAAUCCCAAGCGACCUCAGCAAAUGCUGCCUAACGUGUUUCAAGCGAAUAACUCGGCGGUUAGACACGACAGGCGAAGGCGGAUCCGCGCCGGAACCGACCGAAGACGAAGCGGCGGGCUUCAGAACGUUACUGAGAGAACACGGGACCGCUUGGGAACGGAUGUCAGCCGCGAGCGGGAGAACACCAGCCAGCUUGAAAGCCUUCUACUUCACGUAUCGAAAAAAACUCCAACUGGAUGUAUUAUUGAGUGAAAGACAGCCCUCGAGAGGGAGUGACACGGAUGACAGCAUACUCAGUUCAGGGGACACGGACACGGCGAGUGCGGAGUCCCCCCGCCCUCCGCCGCUGCCCGGGCCGAGGACUGACGCAGUGGCACCGAGGAGGCACAGGAGGGACGAGUAUGACUCCUCUGCCACGGAAACGGCGGAUGAGGAGAAUGAUGCUCCCAGUGCUAAGACGAUAGCCCCCGCGCCAGCGCCGGUGGUGGCAGUCGGAGCGGGCACCGGCGUGACGGGGGUCACGAGCUCGAACCCCGGGACGGUGUCGGUGUCGGUGUCCAGCGCGCAGGCGCCGGCCGCGUCGGUGGGCACGCCGCUGACGGUGCGCGACGUGGUGCUCAACAUGAUCGAAGUGAGCCUGAUGCGGAACUCGCGGCCGGUGCCGCCGCACCCCAACCCGCAGGCCAUCACCCAUCCGCACCAACAGCCGCCUAAGGUGUCAACACACGAGCCGCUCGCAACGCUGACAGUAGUGAGCGGCGCGGGGCACGCGGGCCACGGCAGCUCGCCGCACUCGCCGCGCUCGCCGCACCGCGGGGCCACCAUCACCCCGCUCCCGCCCGACGGCAAGGACGUCAUGCUGCUGCACAUAGAGCCGCGCGCCGCGCCGCCGCACCACCUGCCGCACGCGCACCCGCACGCGCCGCACGCGCCCGCCGACCCGCUCGACCUCAGCGAGAAGAGGCCGCGCCACGACCUGCCUCCCAAACCCCAACACCGCAACGCAGAGUACGCAGCAUACAGAGCGGCAGAGAGACAGUCCCCAACUCAAUACAACUCCAAACCCAAGCCGGUCGCCUCCCCGCGGCCAGCGCUCAAGUUGCCGGCCAACCCCAAGGGCUCCAUCACCCUGGGCACCCCUGUGGAGACCAGAUACGAGCAGAGGAUACCCUCGGACCCGAAGACGGGGUCGAUCACCGCCGGGACCCCGGUGCACGGGCCUCAUCAUUUGCCAGAGAAGAGGAAUUUGGAGUACAGACGGCGCAGUCCGGGAGGCGCGUACUACGCGGGCGCGGGCAACCAGCCGCGACCGCAGUCACCAUCCUCGUUUCAAAAUGCGACCGCAACAGCAGUGUCCCGGGGCACGUAUGGCCUGGAGAGACGGCAAAUCAUGCUCACGGACUACAUCACCUCGCAACAGAUGCAUGGUGUCGUGCGGAGAGAAAGAGAGCCUUCGCACCACCACCAGCAACAGCAACACCAACAACACCAGCAACAACAACAACACCACCAGCAGCAACAGCAACAGCACCAGCAGCAACAGCACCAGCAGCAGCAACAACAACAACACCAGCAACAGCAGCAGCAACAACACCAGCAGCAACAACAUCAGCAGCAACAACAACAUCAACAGCAAAUGCAGCAUCAACACCAGCACCAGGCGAUCAGGAGGGAUCGCGAACCGGUGUCUGUCAUACAGAAACACACGCACGUCUACUCGCAUCCCCAUCCCCCGCCCGGUCACGAAGCGUUCACGCAGCUGGUUAACGCGGCUUCUAGCGCGCCGGCUCUGCCCGUGCCGCGGCGAGACGAGCCGACGCCCGAACCGCCCGCAUCCUCCCCGCUGCACCACCAGCAGCACCCACAGCACCCGCAGCAUCCGCAGCAUAUGCAUCAUGACAUCAGGGGCUCCCGGGAAUUCACGAUGUCUCAAAAAUACCACCCUCAGUACCCGCCGGCGGACAGGCGCGCGCCGCCGCCGCAGCAACGAGACGUUAGAGAUAGCCGGGAAAGAAUGGUGCCAAUCCAAGAGCGACACUACGUGAUCGAACAGCACCAACCGCACCAGCAGCACCAGCCGCACCAACCGCACCAGCAACACCAGCCGCACCCACAGCACCAGCACAGUCAGCACCCGCAGCACACGCAGCAGCUGCUGAUUGAUCGGCAUCUCAUACCGACGCAUUCUCAGAGUAUAUCGAGUGGGGAGGAGCGCCGCGCGUCGGCGGGGGUGGCCGGGGUGGGGGGCGGGGCUUACGGCGCGCCUGGCAAGCGGCCGAUCCACACCAUUGACAGGAAAGAUGGACGGGCUGCAGUGAGCGUGGCCAGCGUGACGAGCGUGAGCGGAGCGGGCGUGACCACGGCGUCGGCGCCCGCGAGCGUGAGCGCGGCGUCCGGCGCCGAGCUGUCCGCCGCGUCGCUCAUCAACGCGAUCAUCACGCAGAAGAUCAGCCAGACCAGCAACCAGCGGUUCCCGUCGAAGAUAAUACGCGAAAGCGACGCCGUACAAUCGCAGGCCGACCGUAUGAUCAUCGACCACCAGCGGGAGCGCGAGUCGGAGCGCGAGCGCGAGGGCGACGGGCCGCCGCAGCUGACGGGCCACACCACCAGCAUGAAGCUGGGCGAUCUAGCGUCCAACAUCAUCGUCAGGGACUUCAGCAGUCCCAACACCAACUCGCUAUUACACCAUAACAAUCGUUUCGCGGUGUCGAGCGCGGAUACGUACGCGUCGAGCGGGGCGGGCAGCGGCGCAGUGAGUGGGGUGGCGGGCGGCGCGGGCGCGGCGAGCGGCGUGACGAGCGGGGUGGCGGCCGACGAGUGGCGUCGCGACGCGCCCAAACACGCGCCCUACCUCGAGCCCGUGAGCCCGCCCGACAACCAUCAUACGGGUCGCGGCGGCGGCGGUGCGCGGCGCUACAGUGCGGCACACGUGGGCGGCGGCAGCGUGCUGACGGCCUACGACUACGUCACGACACGCAUCGUGGAGGUCAUGCGCAGUGACGAGGAGCGCAGCAAGCCGCCCUUCCACCCGCCCACCUCGUACGCCUACCCCUACUCCGCGCUCAACGUGGCCACGCCCGCCACCGACGUGAGCACAGUGAGCGGCGGCGCGAGCCCGGCGGCGCCGCUGCCCGCGCCCGCGCAGCCCGAGCCCGCGCCGCUCAUGUCCGCGCAGUACGAGCCGCUGUCGGACGAGGACUGACGCGCCGCGCCGCGCCCGCCGCCCGCGCCCCGCGCCCGCCCCAGCCUCCGCCCCAGCCUCCGCCCCUAGCCCGAGCCGCCUCCCCCGCGGGGGGGUGGCGCGCGCUGCUCCGUCAUACGACGCACCGCGCCCGCGCCGUGACUCCUACCCAGUCUCAGGAGUGAUGACUUGUACUCGGCGUUCCCACAAUGACAACUAACCAAUACUGUGUCCCAGCAAUGAUGAGUUGUACCCAGGGUACAUUGAGUCUCGGUAAUGAUAAGUUAUACCGGAUGGGGUACACAACACCACAAUGGCACAGUGAUAUUAUGAAUUCUGCGAUGUUAUAGCAUAUUGUCCAAUCAGAGACAAUAUUCAUAUAGCAUAGACAUCAAAUCGAGAAGAUGUAUAGGCUAUUGCCAGAAAGCAAUACCUUCUGGAUUACCUACCAAUGCUGGCAAAAUGUACUAAACAUGAGUACACCAUGAUAAUAUUGCAGCUGGGAAGACAUUUCCACCAGUCGAAGACUAAUGUUACCAGAACAGAAGAAUGGGCUACCCGAAUGAGAAAUAUUGAUGAUGAUAUUCAUUCAAUAAUGAUAAGGAACAUGUAUUUUAGGAUGUAACAUAAAAAGAUGUAACUUAUGGCAUGUAUAAAAAAUCGAAAUAAGAUUUCACUUUGACUAGAAUUUUUUUUAAGGUCAUCGAAGUCAUAUUUUCUUAACGAUUUUCGAUGUUUCGACUUAAUUGUCUUGAUGCUUUUUUUGAAUGAUGACCUGCUAAUUAAGCGGCACCAUACGAACGGAUAAGUUAAUGCUAUUACAACGAAUACAAAAUAAGAAUUAAGGAACGAAGUGGCACAGACUCAAGUGUACAUUGAACCGUCAAUAUGAACAAAAUUCUUUACUAAAGUGAUGUUAAAUAAUUUAUGUUUGGUGAAAAGUGACAGGGUGCAAAGUGUGAUCUCAGUGUAUUAUACCACGAGAGCUGUUGUGGACUGUAUGUGUGUAUGUAACGAUGCAAUGUCUUAUGUAACGCAGCGUGGACACAGUUUUGUGUUACGAGAAGCUUUAAACAAGUGACAUUCAAUGUGAUCCGAUUUAUGCACAGAUUUUUAUAACGGAUAUUUCUGUAAGCCACAUUUGCUGUUUUUUUUUUAACCGAGCGAUUUAAAUGUAUUUUUAUGUAAAUUAUAGUCGAUGAGACGAUGUUAAUUGAGUGAAGGUGGAUACACACUUAUAUCGCGAAAGUCGACCGGUGGCACGCAAUUCGUGUUGACCACGGUCUGUGGAUAGUAUGCUUCUGGGCUUAAAAAUUAUGAUUUGAUUUAAAUCAACACUGGUUACGCGUCAUCGGUUCAAGUGGCGUGUUGUUGGUGUGUUUCCACCCUAAUCAGUUGUUUGUUAGGACGGAGCAUGCAUAGAGGAAUCUGCCCGCAGCCGCAUUGCAUAGAUAAGUGAUAUUUGUUGUUGAGACAGUGUGAGUCAAGAAUUGAUAUAUUUAUUGGUUGUCUUUUUCCACUUGUUUUGUCUUUUAAUGUUGUAUUCUGCUAAACACUGAAUAAUGAUAUUUUUAAACAACAACACUUUAUAGUGCUAAUAGGACAUUCUAUCCUACAAAAUAUGUAUGGAUAAAUAAUCUAACUUUAUUUUUACAUUUCUUUAAUAAUACUUGAAGUGUUUAAAAUGUAAGUGGGUGAAAGUCAAAAUGAAUUUAAAUCAAUCGGAUUUUAUUAACAUAUUUUUACUGUGAUAAUUAUUAUUUUCAUCAGCUUAAAACUAAAGCUACAAGGUAUUUUUUAAAUGAUUUUAUUUAUUUUUACGGGACUUUUGUCCAAUAUUACUAUUAGGUGCAAGUAGGUUCCUAAAUUGCUUGGAAUGCAACAGAUAAAACAUAUGUUGUAAUGAUAAAAAUAUAUAUUUGGUGUUCAUAAGCCAACACCAAAUAUGUCAUUGAAGGAACCAAAUAGUAUCAUGUAAUUAAUUAUUUUUCUUUCUGGAAAAUCUUUUUGAACUCACUAAAAACAAUGUGAUCAUGUGAUAAAUAUACAUUAUUCAGUGUUGCAUAUAUUUGAGAUGGAUAGUGAUAAUAAUAUUAUAUUCUAUGUAAAGACUUAUUUGCAUAGGAGAGAAGAGAAAGUUAUUUCUUAUGCAUAGAUGUGUUCUUAUGUCAUCCAUUAAAAUAACUGUGGAAGAUUUUUGGCAAUUAGGUAAAUGCAAAUUCCUUUUAACUUAGCAGAUCUUUAUCAGGCCAAAAAAUUUCAAGCUUUUUAAUAUAAAAAUUACUUUAUAGUUAUGUAUAAAGUUUUUUUAUAUAAUUAUCUAAAACCUAAAGCUCUAAAUUUACAAACUAUUAUGUGAAAAGGCCUCAGUUUUGUAUAUUCUAUUUUAAUGUGGUAUUACAUUGUCAAGUUAUUGUCCUCUCUCCUGUGUGAAUAGGCCACAUGUAUAUUACCCUAUUCAAGUGGUAAUAGGCAACUGCCACUAACUUCCCUCACAAAAUGUAACAGCUAACAUUCAAAACAUAAUGUAAUAUUUGUGACUUGCAACUUGUGAGUGAAAUUAGCAAUACUGUUAGUGUAAGAUUUUAGGUCUCAUCAACGUUGGUAGAAUUCGAGCUUCGAUACGUUUUAGCGUCAAUGUAAAAUGGAUCUUAAAUUUAUUGGAUUAAAGCUCAAUUUCGUCAAAACGGUGGUACCGAAUUUUCGACUUUAUACCAAGGUUCAUUAAGUCCAUUUUUACGUUGACGCCAUUGUGUCUCAAAUGCUGUCAACGUUGGAGAGACGUGUAAUGUUACGUGCAGACUUGUCGCCUGUUAGUAUUUGGACAGGGAUAGCAACACUGCCGCUGCGCAUUCCUCAGUAAGUGUAAGUGGCAGCCUCACAGCGAACUGUAAUAUGUACCCAGUCUUCCAUCUCAACACCGGUAGCAUAGGAUCGUCGCGCGACUUCGUCCAUAUCUACACCUAAGUAUUUGUAAAUUGUGUAUAGUUGUAUAAACCCCGCCCGGGCAUUUCGCAGAUUCCUCGCUCUCACGGGCGUCCUCGCUCGCCGGCGACUGUCGCGCGACAGUCGCUCGAGCGCGCUAGUUGAAGUUUCGCUCUGAUAUAAGUCUAUUUCGUUGUAUAGCUUCGCUUCGGAUUUCGCAGUCGCAUUUUUCACUCGAGUUAGUAUACGCGUAGUUCAUUUGGUCGUUGUAAAUACCCCGCGCAUCCGUCUGUACAGGCGCGCGAAGUCCGGACGCCCGUAUACAUACAGUUAUACAUAGUGUAAACACGGUUGACGUAUUAUGAAUAGAAGCGGUAAAUUAUAUACAUAUUGUAAUGUAAAAGUGUAUGGUUAUUAUGUAUACAUACUGUGCAUUUGUAAUUAUACAGGUUAGUUUAAUGAUUACGAUAGAGAUUUUCAUUUUCUAGUUAGGUCGGUCCGAUGGGCCGGGUAUAAAUAUUGCGCGAGUGCGGGCACGGCGCGGGCCGCGCGCUGCGCGCGGCGUGCGCGGUGUGCGCGCGCGCGCGUCGCCGCCGCCUCCGCUUUCUGUUCUGUGAAAUAUCUCAAAGACUGCUCGCGUCUCCAACUGUACACACCAUUUAUAUUACAAGUUACGACAAACAUAUUAUAAAACACAGUAUACUCAUAUUAUUACGUAUUAUUUGCACGUUUUAUAUAUUUGAUGAGGAGUGAGUGAAUGUGAGUUUAUCAUAUUUUAUAUCAAUAAAAUAUUAACUACAGUUCAUAAAUCUGCUAUAAAAAAUUGUAUCUCCUCUUUGCCCAUUUUAACUCAAUCUCUACGCACGCAACACGCUUAAUAUAAUAUAACGGUUAAUUAAAUAGAAGCUAAAUAAAUGAUAAUGAAUACAAUAUAACACAAAUGACAGUAUUUUGACUACAUCACGGCCGGUACAUGUUGGAUACGCGAGCAGGUGUGUACAUGUAUUGAAAUAUUGUGUGAUACUGACUGAUUAAAUUAAUUUGUCUGCGUGCGGGGGCGCGCGGCGGCGUACCGCAUCUUGUGAUUUCUUUAUAAAAUAAAACUGUAACGUAUUGUAAGUAGUCGAAAGAAAAGAUAAUCCUUGUAAGUCCAAUCAUAAGCGAAAACAAAGUUUUGGGAGGACAGAUCAAUAAAUAAGAUGCAAAUC